AGAAUCAGAUUUGGAGUCACCCAGGUAGUUUUUGUGGCCCGCCUUCAAACUCCCCUUUCCAGCUUCGGCUCCCCGCCAAUGUGUUUGAAAGAAAAUAAGGAGCACUAGUACUAGUACUUCUUGAAGAACAAGAAGUUCCUUCGUGUUUGAAAAAAUGAAAACGAAACAAUAUUAAAUAAUUAUCCUUUGUCCCCCGUUCGGCCUGCCCCCGGUUCAGCAGAAAUAGAAGAUGCGCCAAGUACGUGCUGAGUAUAUUCUGCUUCGCAGCAUGUUCUCAUCAAUCGUCCUCGCCUUUGAGUAAACCCUCACGCUUUCAACUACAAGUGGCCCCUCGAGAAGGAUUUUUACACGACCAGCAUUGACACAUUUUUGCUCUUGGAAAACAUCAGACACGAAGAACCAAACCGGACGAUGACCAGACUGGAGGAAAUGCAACCCCUUGAAAGCAGUGCGGCGAUUGGAAUUGGGCAUGACUCUCUAGAUUUCGCCGAAGACCUCGAAGGACAGCACGAAGAGCGCGGAAGCAGAACCCGGCAAGAUGUUCUUACUCGUAUGGAAAUGAAAUAACUUUCUUUUUCAUAAACCCCCAAAGCCCAAGUAUGAUGUAUUUUCAUUUACCCCCAGAACGCCUCAACAUCCGACGACCCUCCAAAGUUCGAUAUGGGAAAGGAGAUCUUCCCGAGCUCUAUAGUGUGGUGCAGUCUGUGUGGGAUCACGUGGUUCUUACCUAUGGUCGGUCAUAUGGGCAUAACAGACGAAAGCGGGGAAAUCUAUGAAUUCUUAGGUCUAGGAGCAACGAAAUCGGGAGGCCUUGCGUUCGGACCGGUUUUGAGGUACUUUGAUGGAGGACGAAGAGAUCAAUACAUUCGGAGUAAUAUUUUUGUAGUUCAUCUACAUCUACAAUUACAUCUACUGCUCUACGAAGAAAAUCGAAGUCCGCGAUGUUGAUUUAGAGGAAUAGGAGCAGCUCUAUAAGAUAAGAGGAAGCUUGUGACUCUGCAAGAUACAUAUUUAUUGUUUUUUGUCUUCUGAACAAGCGAAAGAGUUUCUUGAAUUCGAAGGCCCCCAAGGAAAUUGUUUGUUCUUGGUUUGCGUCUCUCUCUCUCUCUCUCUCAUUACUCCAGGUACAUCCCGCUGAAUCGGAGACCUUCUUCUAGGGAAUCAGAAGACAAAAGAAAGAUGAGAUGGAACGACGCGGUAGCCCUUGGAAACCGCCAAUGUCGAGGAAGGGGACACAAAUGCCUGUUUGACAAUUGUCUUAUGAAGCAGGGAUACGAUAAUUGAGUGACUCUUGUCUUCUGGGUCGUCUUCUAGUAAAGAAGUCAGUGUUUUUAUUUUUAAGGUGAUGACAAAUAUUAAUAAGAUUCAGAUAGAUCCAGGAGGUCCAUCUAAUAGGGUUUGAGGCAUUGUUGCCAUUGGGCAAAAUUGAAGAUUUUUCGCGUCUAAGAUCAAGAUGAUGUUGUCCCAACAUUUCCGCUAUCUCCUAGGCAUCUUCAUAGACAUAGAGUACAAAAAUCCUAACAUCUUCACGAUGAUCUGCUCCCCAUUUCAUACUCCACACAUACGUCGCGGACGUGCUGAAUAAUAUGGAAUACGCGAACUUCGGCAAGUGGAAUAGCGUCAUUCUGGCGAUGUGGGUAUUUUUUUGUGGAAAAUAUACCAGUCUUCCAGCUGUAGUACUCCACUGGCUGCCGUUUUUCAUCAUCGCUACGGGCAUCGUGAUCUGGCAUCACUGAGAUGAAUAGUUGGAAAAAGGAGGGGUAAGACUUCACUGAAGAAAAAGGAAAAGUGAGCAGUGGUCGCAAAGAAGUAGUCUAAAUUAAAGUCCUUCAUGGAAGGCAAUGCAAACGCCUCAUGCUAGGCGCAUUCAUUCAUUCACUCAUUCACUGAGAUGAAUAGUUGGAAAAAGGAGGGGUGAGACUUUCUGAUCCUGGAGGUGGUACUUUAAAUUCUCAUAUUCAAAGGAUGACACCCGGUCAUACUAAGCGUGGAGACAGGAUAAGCCAAGCUUUUCGAUGGAGUUUUAGUCUUAAUAAAGACCUGAAAAAAAAUCCUGAGGCCUUCAGAAACUACCAAAUACCUGCAUCACAACUUCUACAAUGCCGAUGCCGUGCAACGCUUUCGCUUCUAACGGUCUCAGUUAUUAUUAAUGCUCAUCACGUUUUCUUGACAUGAUCUUCUAACCAUGGCUGCUUAGGCUUGGUCAAU